GCUGCGUUUCCUACCAGAUUCUCAAGCUCACACAUACACUCCUACAGUAGGGAUCCGAGCUCGAGUCUCUCAACCAUGUCGAAUCCACCUCCCCGGCAUGUGUCUAUAGCGCCCCUGCUGAAACAACUGUCUGCACCUGCACCCUUUGACAACAACGUCAAAGCAGAGGACAUUGCACUUGCGUUCUCACGAACCUUCGAAGACCAACUCAAUGGCACACAGCUUGCCGCUCUCCUGACCCUACUCCACUCCACAGGGAAGGACAGACAUCCAGAUGUCAUCGCUCGUUGCGCCGCUAGCAUGCGCGAUGCUUCGGUUCCCAUCAGCAACCAACGCCUGAGGCGAGUCGUUGGUAAGAGGAAGCGUUCUUUGGGCAGAUACAGAGGCGGUCUCUGCGACAUUGUCGGGACCGGAGGUGACUCCCACUCUACAUUCAACAUCUCCACGACGUCUAGCAUCAUCGCAAGCCCGAUUCUGAUGAUGGCCAAGCACGGCAAUCGAGCCCAGACAUCCAUGUCCGGGUCCGCCGACGUGCUGAACGCGAUUGCCCCCAAGCCGCCGAAGAUUGAAGCUCUCAGCGCCGAACACUUGCCCGAGGCGUAUGAACAUACAAACUAUACGUUCUUGUACGCACCCAAUUUCCAUCCUGGCAUGAAAUAUGCCGGGACGGUCCGCAGGGAAUUGGGGCUGAGGACUAUAUUCAAUCUCAUGGGCCCGUUAGCCAACCCAGUCGAGGAUCACAUCGAGGCAAGACUCGUCGGAGUCGCAUAUCAAGAGCUUGGACCGGUAUUUGCACAGGCACUGAAGUUCUCCGGCGCCACGAAAGCCCUUGUGGUUUGCGGAGAGGAGGACCUCGACGAAAUCAGUUGCGCGGGGAAGACGAACUGCUGGCUUCUAAGGGAGUCAGAGAACCCAGAGUAUCGGGGCGACCGGGACGACGAUGAUGAGACGAGCGACGAUGAGCCACCGCCCAAGUACGUGGCCAAGAUCGACACCUUCUCCGUCGAGCCGGCGGAUUUUGGCCUGCCUUCACAUCCUCUUUCUCAGGUCGGUGGUGGGAAAAUGCCCAAACAGAAUGCCCAAGUCUUGAUGAGCAUUCUACGAAACGAGCGACCGAAGGACGAUCCAAUUCUACAUUUCGUUCUGAUGAAUGUCGCUGCGCUUUUCGUGGUUAGCGGUGUUUGUGAGGCAGACACUUGCCCAAGUGGUGCGGUCAUCAAAGAACGAGGACCGGGAGGAGAAAGAUGGAAAGAAGGCGUACGGAAAGCAAGAUGGUGUAUAGAGAGCGGAAAGGCGUUAGAAGAGUUCGAAAAGUUUAUCGAGUUCACAAACAGUUUAUAGAUGUAUAUACCCGUUAGGAGGGCAUGGGAUGGUAACGGCUAGAAAGAAAAUCAAAAAACAGCGUUCAUGAUUUUUG